CUCAGCAUACUAAGAUGGGCGUGGCUGGAGGUGGGGCAAUGAUCAUUCAAGGAGUUGUGUUCUCAAAGAGAUCAUCAUUAUCCAGCCCUCAACAGUUCAUCAUCAGGUGACAAGUCAUUAUCAACUGUGUAGCAAGAAAUCAAACUAAGGCUGUCAGAUGAGCAGCAGGGGGUAUGGAAGUGGUGGUGGGGGGACGAUACGAAGUGUCAUUAGACGAAAGGUGGCCAUCUCAUACGUGAUCAGAGACGUUGAGGAGAAGCUAAACCGAUCGGGUGUGAACAAGCUCUGCUUUGACCGCACCCACCAGCACCUAUACACAGCUGGUAGGGACUCAAUCAUUCGGAGUUGGGACCUCAGUCAGUAUUCCGGGAACAAUGAGAUUCCCCAUCUCAAGUCCUUUGAGCACCACACUGACUGGGUCAAUGACAUUGCCCUCUGUAUUGACGGCAAAUACAUGAUGUCUGCCUCCUCCGACACAACUAUAAAGCUAUGGGACACUAACAAAGGAUCGUGUGCGUCUACUCUAAGAACACACAAGGAUUAUGUGAAGUGUCUGGCUUACGCAAAGGAUACCGAGUUGGUGGCCAGUGCUGGCCUAGACAAGAACAUCUACCUCUGGGAUAUCAAGACCCUCACCUCUCUCACCUCUGCUAAUAACACCAUCACCACCACUACAGUUACUGGAUCAAAAGAGUCUGUGUACAGCUUGGUACUCAACGAUGCUGGGACUGUCCUCAUCUGUGGCUCCACUGAGAAGUUGUUGAGAGUGUGGGAUCCUCGUACGUGUGAGCGAUCAAUGAAACUGAAAGGACACACGGACAAUGUCAGAGCUCUCCUUCUCAACAGAGACGGAACAAUGUGUUUGUCUGGGAGCUCGGACGGCACAGUGCGGCUCUGGUCGCUAGGGCAACAGCGGUGUGUGGAAACGUUUCGAAUACAUGAAGAGGGAGUGUGGGCGUUGGCUGUGGACAAUGAGUUCACCACCUUCUACUCUGGAGGCAGAGACAAAAAGGUCUACGCUACUGAGUUGUUUGAAACUAGCCAAGAGUCCACACUGUUGUUUUGUGAGGAGUCUCCUAUACUGAGUCUGGCUCUGGACACUAGUGGAGGGACUGACUCUCUCUGGGUGGCUACCACAGAUACCAGUAUCAACAAGUGGUCUGUUGAUCCCAAACUCCUUAUUGAGGAAGGGGAUGGUCUCGUGAGUGGGGAGGAGUCAGAGGAAGAGGUGGUGAUCACUAAUAUAGACGAGCCAACUCCGUUCAUUACUAAACCUGUUGCCACUCUGCCUGGUGGCAGUAGCAUCAAGGACUUCCGUGUCCUUAACAACAGACAACAAGUGUUGACUAGGGACUCCAAUGAUAACGUGGCACUCUGGGAUGUGAUGCACGCUCGAAAGAUUAAGGAUCUUGGCCCUGUGAAUAUGGAUGAUGAGGCCGCACAAAGACAGGAGAAGUACUACACCCCUAACUGGUUCUCUGUCGAGGUCAAGACUGGGAUGCUGACAAUUCGCCUGGAAGAGAAUGAGUGUUUCUCUGCCUGGGUCAUUGGCUCCCGUACCAACGCAAAGGACGUGGCUUCAGACCUCAAGAUGAACCUUGGAGCUCUUCUACUGCAUGCCUUGUUCGAGCACUGGCCCUCUACCCACCCACAGCAGGAGGAGAAACACACAGACAAAGCCCCACUAGCUCCCUCCCCUCCACCCCCACCCCAGUUGGAGGAGCUGCUUGAGAUCUGUGCCGGCUGUGAUGCUGUGAUGUGGGAGAAACUGGCAGCUGCUCUCACCAUACCAGAGGAGGAGGUGGAGAGACUCAAGAACACUCACCCCAGCAAACCAGAGCUGUGUCUGGAGGACUUGUUCAAGAUGUGGCUGAAGGAGGCUGAGGAUGUGACGUGGGACCGAUUCUCUGAGAGUUUGGCGACCAUUGAGCAAACGGAGUUGGCUGAACGUGUUGAGGAGAGGCUGGUUCAGUAUCACGAGCAGCAGAAGACGGUGGGCAAGGAGACAGUGGAGUCGAGUGAUGUACAGGACUACUUGUACUUUGAUGUUCCUAAGCACACCCCUGUGAUCAUCGCAGAAUCAGGUGACUGUGGGACCACCCUCGUCCGUUUCCUGGCCGGUGAUGCCGGUGGUAACCAUGAGACAAAACAGCUCAACAACUCAUGCCCUGUUUGGGCCAUGGACAUUGUCUGUCAGAAAAAACUGCCUGGAGUCAUCAAGAUCAACUUCACUCUAGUCAAGGAGCCAAAGAAUAUCAAAGGAGGAAAAGAUGAUCGACUGUCAGCACAAGACCUGCUCUCCAUUAGAAAGGUACAGGAGUAUGUCUGUCCGAGGUUGUUUGGCAACAAAGAAGGGAAGGUCGACAAUCUGGAGGAACAGGCAGGGCAAGUGGAAGUACAGUGCAUGGAUCAGGUGCUUGACCCUGAGCUAGACCUGAGGACAGUGAAGUACUUCAUCUGGAAGAGCAGUGGAGAUGUGAAGCUGGUGUACAGGGAGAAGGUUGAUCCCUCUGUGCUUGAAGAGGCUCCAUUGAAUGGGGAAAAAACUGAACAGUUAGCAUCAAAUGAUUAGCUGUUGAUUUUUGUGUGUCGAUAUCCCCUAAAUUUCUGUGUUCAUUUUUAUGUGCAUGAUGUUUACUGUUGAGAUUGUCUAUUUCAUAAAUUUUCUUAAUAAUACAA